AAAAUAGGAUAAAAAAUAUGUCACGUACAAAAUUUGAACGUAAAAAACCACAUGUUAAUAUUGGAACUAUAGGACAUGUUGAUCAUGGAAAAACUACCUUAACAGCAGCAAUCUCAGCUACCUUAGCUUCUACAUCUGGUAGCAAAGCUAAAAAAUUUGAUGAGAUUGAUGCUGCUCCUGAAGAGAAAGCUCGCGGAAUAACAAUUAACACUUCGCAUGUAGAAUAUGAAACAGAUAAAAGACACUAUGCACAUGUUGAUUGUCCUGGCCAUGCAGAUUAUGUAAAAAAUAUGAUUACUGGAGCAGCACAGAUGGAUGGAGCAAUUUUAGUAGUAUCAGCUGCAGAUGGUCCAAUGCCUCAAACAAGAGAACAUAUUUUAUUAGCUAAACAAGUUGGUGUACCGAAUAUUGUAGUUUUUCUUAAUAAAGAGGAUCAAGUUGAUGAUCCAGAAUUACUAGAACUAGUUGAGUUAGAAGUGAGAGAAUUGUUAAAUAAUUAUGAUUUCCCUAGUGAUGAAAUACCCUUUGUUUGUGGUUCUGCUCUCUUGGCCUUGGAAAGUUUAACUAAAACUCCAAAUCUUAAACGAGGCGAAAAUAAAUGGGUUGAUAAAAUAUAUGAACUGAUGGAUGCAGUUGAUGAUUAUAUUCCAACGCCUCAACGGGAUAUGGACAAACCUUUCUUAAUGGCAAUAGAAGAUGUUUUUUCAAUAACUGGACGUGGAACUGUAGCAACUGGUAGGAUUGAAAGAGGACAAAUUAAAGUUGGUGAUACUAUUGAAUUAGUUGGAUUAAAAAAUACUAAGACUACUACUAUUACAGGACUAGAAAUGUUUCAAAAAACCUUAGAGGAAGGAAUAGCAGGUGAUAAUGUCGGUAUUUUAUUAAGAGGCAUACAAAAGGAUGAUAUUGAAAGAGGUAUGGUACUAGCCAAACCAGGUACAAUUACACCACAUACACAGUUUGAGGCUGAAGUUUAUAUUUUGAAAAAAGAAGAAGGCGGUAGGCACACUCCUUUUUUUAGUGGUUACAGACCUCAAUUUUAUGUUAGAACUACUGAUGUAACUGGUACAAUUACUAGCUUUACUUCUGAUGAGGGAGAGACAGUUGAAAUGGUAAUGCCUGGCGAUCGCAUAAAAAUGAGUGUUGAAUUAAUUAAUCCUAUUGCAAUUGAGCAAGGAAUGAGGUUUGCUAUUCGCGAAGGCGGUAAAACAAUUGGUGCUGGGGUGGUUUCUAAAAUUAUUAAAUAAUACUUAAUUAUCGUGUAAAAACCUACUUACCUUACUUUAUAACAUAUAAUUUUUUAUGAUAAAUAUUCAGCCAAAUAAAAUAAGAAUUCGACUU